AUGUCGGACUACGAAGACAACUUGAUGACUCGACGAAUUCGAAUGCUGACCAAGCAACAAGUGAGACUACAUAUGUUUCACCUCAGUCUGCAGGUCUUACUGGGGUGGGCUCAAGUAGCGAGCAACCAGACUCGACGUCUGCGCCUUCGAAUGGUUGAGUUUAUUCCCGCUAUCCCGACCACCGAUUGCGGGUGCUCACAAUUUUUCGAAUCCGCAGCUCUAUCAGAGUCGAAUGUUGAAACAACAACUUCUAUAUCCUCCACUUCGAUUGCACCAGAACAAACUCAUUACGAUCUCAGAAUCCUCGACACUUACAUUUCCGAGUUCUGCAUUCCCCGAAAGCCAGUCUACGAUACCCCCGACAUCGACGUCACCACCUUCAUUAACGCCUUCGGAAACAGAUAUACCCGAUUCAACCGCGACUGUGUCUUCAAGUACUUCGCGGCAGGGCCCAAGCUCUAUAACUACUACAUCUACCUCGCCGAGCUCGGCAAGUUCACCCUUGGCUUGGAGCGCAAGCUCGAGUUCGUCGCGGAUGGAGGCAGCCGAGUAACCUCAUCCUCGUCAACUCCUACCUCUGAUGCCAUCUUCAGCACAUCUUCUGACACGACUUCAAGUCAAGAUACUUCUCCUGCCAAUCGUCCUACCCGGACGAUCACAAUCACGAGGGUGUUCACCACUACUUUUUCAGACGGGCGCACAACGACAAUAAGCACUGUCGUCGAGACCGGUGUGCUGCGAACCGAUACCCCUCAACAACUUGGUGGUUUGGGGAGGAACACCGGCGCUAUAGCAGGGAUAGCUGUAGCCGUGACGCUCGCCGUCAUUUUCGUCAUCUUUCUCCUGUUCUACGGCUGCAGGCGUUACAGGGCACGCCAAAACUUCGAUCGCGGGUCUAUCGACAUUCUCGCCCGAGCCCGCGAAGUAUGGAGACCGCCUAUUGACGGGGACGACGAUGAUGUGUCUUAUCUGAGAGGCCAUAAUUCUUUGAAUCGGCGGCAGACGUUGGGCAGCCAAGAGCACAGUGGGGAAGGGGGUUACAUUGGACAAGGGUCUUCCGGAGACCAUUUAUCGGGAGAGGGAGGUGGGGCGGGCAGCGCUGAGAGUACUAACAUCGGGAUGGCAUCCGCUAUGCAUCCUACCUUUGGCGGUCAGCCGUACAUGCCCAAUAUGACUCAAACUAUGGGCGACCCGUUCGCACGACCGGCGCCUGUAGUUUUACCGGCGCACUCGGCUAACGACGGGCAUGCCGCCGAAGGCGCUAAGCAGUAUUGGUGGGGAAUCAAUGACCCUCAGGCCGCUCGUGAUAUUGGUGGUAGACGCUCAGAAACCAGUGAGAACGGUGUUCCGCAGAUGGCGAGUCGAAGUGCCGUUUCGUUGACAGUUGUGGGCGGGUCAGGGUCUUCGGGCGGCCAUGGGUCUGGUUCUUCUCAUGGCAAGUCGGGGGCGAUUAAAGCAAAGCGCAAUUCGAUGAAUGGGCCAAGGCCUAUGCCAAAAUCUGAGGGGCGCCGCCAUAGCUCUACCCCACCCAGUGCAUUCGUUGGUUCACUUCGCGAACCUGCAUACGACUGUGAGCGUCAAGAACAAUCAGACCGGAACAGUGUCAAGGGCUUCCUGAACCGCCUUCGCACUACCAGCCAUCGCGUGUCGACACAAAGUAUCGCGACACUUCGCGGUACACCUGCACCACAACCGCGUGCAACUACUGACGACACAAGCUUCCUCCCCCCUCCCGGUGUGUACAGUCCGUCGCUCCUGAAUCCACCUCAGGCGCUUCUUCGGUUCCCCCGCGGGGUGACUGGGAACGGGUACACCUCCCUCUCUCCUCCUUUGCCUCAAAUGUCUAGUGCUGGAUACGAUCUUCAUCCGCCUAGUUUCCCCUGGCCAACUAUGACGUUGCCGUCUGCUCCAUCGCCUGUACCAACUGACGCGUCUAGUAUGGUCGAAGGCCUUCUCCAUCCCCGACUGGGAGCUUUGGAUACCGCACAGCAAGCGAGCACGGCGAGUCUCCGAGAUCACGAAGAUUAUACUCGGCCAAUAAACGGGCUUGUUAAUAACCACCUCCGAAGCACCACGACGUUUGAUACCCUGAACUCCGAGGAAGGAGGGCCAAUGAUUGCAUCUUAA